AAAGCUGAAGCAAAAAUCGAGUUCUUGGUUCUACUCAAAUUGAAAUCAACUCCCCUCGAAUUGGUGUCUUCUUUGUGUGUGGUUUCUCUCUGCUUCUGAAAACUAGUCUUUUUUCAAGAAAUUGUGGAUCAAAUACGAGUCGUUUGAUAGCAGCGAUCUGGUCAAACUAUGGACAUGAUCAGUCAGUUACCAGAAGCUUUGCUUGUGAAGAUCUUAUGUUCACUUCCCACAACAAAAGAAGUCGUAGCCACCAGUGUUCUGUCUAAACAGUGGCGGUCUCUUUGGAAAAUGGUGCCCAAUCUCAAGUUUAUUUGCAACCGUGGCAAUCAUCUUGAGGGGUUUUCAGAUAGUGUUCGGAGGACCAUGCUUUCACUGGAGACUCCAUGUCUACAGAGUUUGCAUCUUGAUGUCUCACUUGGCCAAGAUGAAAGUAUAGAUGAUAUUGGAGAGUUAGUUGGAAUCGCAUGUGGACUCCAUGUGCGUGACUUGGUACUCGAACUAUUUAAUCCAGUAUUAAAAAAAUAUCCCAUCAUCUUGGACAACUGUCAGUCUCUGGAAACCUUGAGACUCCGUGGUGAUUUUGGUUCCAUUGCUUUAGGAGUCCCUUCUCCACUUUGUCUGAAGUCUCUUAGAACUCUGCACCUUUUAGAUGUGUUCUACCAAGACGAUGAAUCCGUUGUGAACCUUUUCGCUGGCUGUGUUCGUCUUGAAAAUUUGCUCGUUAUUCGAAGUGGUCAUGAUGGUGUGGAGACUUUCACUAUUGCCGUGCCAUCUUUACAGGAGCUAACCAUUGACGAUGACGUCUAUGGUGAUUCUGGCUAUGUGAUAAACUCUCCUUCUUUGCAAAAAUUGAAGAUUAAAGUGGUUGAAGGAAAGACUAUCGCAUCUGAAUUAAUAAUGAUUAAUGCACCUGAGCUGGUGGAGGCAACAAUUUGGACACAUGAUGAAUUUCAGCUGGGAGAAUCACUCACUUCAGUCAAACGCCUUUCCUUGCGUGUCAAUUCACUAAUGGAGGUUCCUGCUGGUAGCAUCUUCAAACAGCUGGAAUAUUUGCAGCUGUUAACAGAUUAUCUACUGUCCUGGAAUCCACUAAUGGUCAUACUUGAUAACUCUCCUAAUUUGCAAGUUCUGGAGAUCAUCGGUGAACACGAUGCUGAACUGACAUGGGAGCAACCAACACAUGUUCCUCAAUGUUUGUGCCAUCUUAAGACAUUAGAUUGGUAUGUUACGGGAUCAACAUACGGGAAAGAGGUGGCCAAAUACAUCCUAUCCAAUGCAAGGCGUUUGGAAAAUGUUGUUUUGCGCAUUGCCGGCUGCGAAAUUGAGUUUCCCUGGGAUUUUCCCAAGGAAGAAAGACUUGAGGUAUGUCAUGACAUGGAAGGAUGGUGUCCAGAUGGUUGUAAGUUUGAGCUUAUAGUGGCUCCGUUUGAUCGCGACUGUUUCUUUAGGCCGUCUUAUUAUGGUUCCUAAUUUGAGUCUGCAGAUGGUUCCGAUCUUGUGUAGUUUGUGCUCAUGGCUACUAUGUGCAACUUUUUUACUAUAACCAAACACUCGGAGAACCCCAAACUGAGUUAUUGAAUCUUUGAUAUCUCAUUACUACUACUAAAACAUCACAUGUAAGAAUCUUGUUCAAGCAGAGAAAGUAUGCAUAUAUUCAUACAAAACAUAAAUUUAACCAAACACAA